AUGGCGCGACAACGACGACUCUCGUCAGCCUCGACCACAGGCCCUGACAACGCCCUCCCGCCAGAGUCUGAACUCGGCUCCAUGUACGACUAUCUCGCCAAGAUCAUCCUCCUGGGUCCUUCGUCCGCUGGCAAGUCCUGCCUCCUCCACCGCUUCGUCAACUCGUCCUGGCGUAUUCUCUCCUCUCAAACAAUCGGUGUAGAGUUCGCUACCAAAAUCGUAAAAGUCGGCGACGGCAACCGUAGAAAAAGAAUAAAGCUGCAACUCUGGGAUACCGCCGGCACCGAACGCUUUAGGAGCGUGAGCAGGAGUUAUUACCGCGGCGCCGCUGGUGCAAUUUUGGUCUACGACAUUACGAGUAGGGAUAGCUUUGCACAGCUGGGUACCUUCUUGAAUGAUGCGCGCGCCCUGGCGAGUCCGCAUUUGACGCUGCUGUUGGCCGGUAACAAAUCAGACCUUGCCGAUCCCGUCGACAGCGAUGCAGAGAGCGACGAUGACAUCGACGAUAUCGGUACUUUUUCACCGCAAUCUGGCCAGACGCCAUCGAGCUAUGACUCGCGCAGGUUCGACAGUAUCGCUUCAAGAGGCACUAUACCGCGAGGGGGCAAUGGUACGCGCGCUACUUUUGCGCCCGAUGGUCGCCAAGUUUCUGCACUUCAAGCAACACAAUGGGCAACUUCACAAACCAUUCCCCUCGCUGUUGAGGUAUCGGCUUUCAACGGAGACGGUGUGGACGAACUAUUCAAUCGUCUCGCUCGUAUGAUUCUUGCAAAAAUCGAGCUAGGAGAGAUUGACCCUGACGAUCCGCUUUCUGGUAUCCAGUAUGGCGACAGCUUGUCUUGGGCUGUUGAUGAUGGAGGGAGCAGUAUAAAGAGUGGCGUGGACGGCCCCAGGCGACGGAGAAGAAGAGCCGGUACAGGGCAGUGGGCUUCUGGCUUGCGCGAAUGGGAAGAAGUCUUCAGACUUGAUGGUCCCAGGCGGAAAGGCUGCUGUUAG